AUGAUUGCCUACCUUUCCUCCAUAGACGCAUCUCCCGGGAGUGUUGCGACGCUGCGCGAAGAGCUUCAGAUCGGCGAUAGUUUCGACGACGCUACCUGCAAGAAGUACAAAGGACUGCUGGAAAAGAAGUGGACAGGAAUCGCUCGACUGCAGAAGAAGGUACAAGUUCCCAUGGCUGUUAGACAUGGAAACCGCGAUCAACGGGCAACGACUUUCAUUGUUUUUCUCCAAGCGGCCAAGACCCCGAAAAUUGGCUUCCUGGACCGUCAUCGGCGCGUACGUUUGAAUCGCAUUGAGGCGCUAUUACAUACAUCGCACUCCACCCCGUCUUCAAAUCACUCGCCUCUGGCUCUGAGGAUUGUACAAUCAAGAUAUAGGACCGGGAAUUGGAUUCGGGAUGUGUCACCUUCAUUUGACGGCAAAUGGUUGGCCGCAGGUGGCCGUGACCAAGCGGUAACAGUGUGGGAAAUUUCAUCAGCAGAACAGAAAGCUGCAUUAUUGGGCUAUGAGAAUUUUAUUGAGUGUUGUGUCUUUGCGCUACUAGCAAGCUAUGGACACCUGGCUGCUCUCGCCGGACUAAAAAAACCGCCUCCUGCAAGCAGUUCGUCCGAAUUCAUUGCGACAGGAGGUAGAGAUAAAACUAUCAGGCUGUGGGAUGCUCGAGGCAGACUUAUUAAAACUCUUGUCGGCCAUGAUAAUUGGGUUAGAGGACUGGUAUUCCACCCCAACGGGAAACAUCUGAUCAGAGUUGCGGACGACAAAACGAUACGGUGCUGGGAUCUCUCUCAGGAAGGGAGAUUGGUAAAGACAAUUGAUAACGCACAUGACCAUUUUGUUACUUGCAUUCGCUGUGGUCCUAGUCCUAGGAACGAAACCGAAACGACCAACGGAACGACAAAUAUGGGUGCUACUAAGUCUAAGUUUCAAUGCGUUAUUGCCACAGGAGCGCAGAUUCAUGCGUACGGGUCUUUACAUAGGUUGUCAUGA